AAAAAAAGAAAAAGUUCGGGGUUUAGAGGUAAAAUUUACAAAUCCAAUUUGGGUCAGCACUCAGAAGUAGCGGCAAUGUUACCAUUACUCCGUCGGAUGUCCAAUAUUCAUAUUCAUACGAGGAGGAAAAACCCGUUCCUCUCAAUUUGUAAUGGCUACGCAAAUGAGUCAAGCCCGAGUCGACUCGCUUCGCCGCCUCCGAUCCAAGUCGGGUUCACCGAGUCAGCCGGUCGAGGUGUGUUUGCCUCUCGGAGAAUCGGCUCCGGCGAACUCAUCCACACUGCCAAACCCAUCGUCUCUCACCCUUCUCUUUCUUCACUUCAUAGCGUCUGUUAUUUCUGCCUCAAGAAGCUUCAAUUCAAGAACCAAACUGAAGCGUCAAAUAUUCCGUUUUGUAGUGAUGAAUGUAGAGAAGAUUCCAAGAUCUUCUAUGAGACUGAAAAGCAAGCAGAUUGGUCAGCUAUUCAUGAAUACUGUCGAACUCAGGGCCUAAAGUAUCCACUUCUAGUAAAGAGAUUGGCUUGCAUGAUUAUAUCUGGAGCUUCCACUCCUGAAACUUUUGACAUACUUCAGCCAGCAACGUUAUCUUCCGGAAUGAUUUUACUGAUGGAGAAGGAAUAUCAGCUGCUGAGAAGCACAUUUGAAGAUGCAGGGUUCACAGAUGAGCAGAUUGCAUUUUUGACAAAGCAAUGGUAUAUUGAUGUAUUGGCACGGAUCCGUAUUAAUUCUUUUCGGAUUGAAUUGGCCUUGGGAUCGUAUGAAGAUAUCCUUUUGUCAGCAGCAGCAUCAGUAGACGCAGAGGCUGCUGUUGGAAAUGCUAUUUAUAUACUACCGUCAUUUUAUAAUCAUGACUGCGAUCCCAAUAUACACAUUCUGUGGAUAGAAAGUGUGAACGCAAAAUUGAAGGCACUUCGUGAUAUUGAAGCAGGAGAAGAGUUGCGGAUAUGCUACAUCGAUGCAAGCAUGGAUCAUAAUGCUCGGCAAGCUAUCCUUUCUGAAGGAUUCGGUUUCCAUUGCAAAUGUGCUCGAUGUAUGUCUACUGACUAGAAAAUUGCACUUCUAGUUUGUCUGCAUUCCAUUCAGUUCUUUAGGGAACACACUCAACUCAGUUUCUAGUUUUCCUACAGCUUCCAGAAGAACAAUGUCUAAUCUAGGACCAUGAUAUUCAAAAGAAUGAUCAGGGCAUGUAUUUUUAUUUUGUAAUCGACAAAUCCCAGAGGGCUUGUGAUGCAUUUUUCAUGGAUAAUGAGCCAGCAUUGUCCACUUAAAUAUCA